UACAUCACAUACCAAAAACUCAUCACAAACCAACAUAUCAUAACACAUAUAAUAUUAUAUAUUAAUCCAUGGAUAUUCAUCAUAAUAUUAUUUUAGUGUCACUACUUUUUAUUCUCAUGACCAUAAACAAAGGUGUUUGUUAUGGUGAUGACUUAAGGAAAGAGUUUGAAAUCACUUGGGGAAAUGGAAGAGCUCAUAUGCUCAACAAUGGAAAGCUUCUAACUCUUUCACUUGACAAAGCUUCAGGCUCUGGAUUUCAAUCCAAAAAAGAGUAUUUGUUUGGAAAAAUUGAUAUGCAAAUCAAACUUGUACCUGGCAAUUCAGCUGGAACAGUCACUGCUUAUUAUUUAUCUUCAAAAGGGUCAACUUGGGAUGAGAUUGAUUUUGAGUUCUUGGGAAAUUUGAGUGGUGAUCCUUAUAUUCUUCACACUAAUGUGUUUAGUCAUGGCAAAGGGGAAAGAGAGCAACAAUUCUAUCUUUGGUUUGACCCCACUGCUGAUUUUCAUACCUACUCUAUUUUUUGGAACCCCAAAAAUAUCAUAUUCUAUGUGGAUGAAAUUCCAAUAAGAGUGUUCAAGAAUUUGGAAUCAAAAGGUGUUCCAUUUCCAAAAAGGCAACCUAUGAGAAUAUACUCAAGUCUUUGGAAUGCAGAUGAUUGGGCCACUAGAGGACUCAUCAAAAUAGAUUGGACUAAAGCUCCUUUUAUCGCUUUUUAUAGAAAUUUUAAAGCUACUGUUGUUGCUGUUGCUGCUGCCGCUAAAAAUUUUAGUAAAAUAUCAGAAGAAUUAAAUGGUGCAAGUCAAAAAAGACUUAAAUGGGUACAAAAAAAGUACAUGAUUUAUAAUUAUUGUACGGACAUCAAACGUUUUUCUCAUGAAUUUCCUCCCGAGUGUCAAUAAUUUAUAUUACUUAAAAGAGUGCUAUAUAAAUUUACUUUACUAAUUAAGCUUAACUAUGUGUGUACAUUAUUUUAAGAGUGUUACAGAAGAAGUAUGUCUUUUAUUUAGUUGGGAAGAAAAUGAUAUUGUAUACAUGAUAAAUAGGUAGCUGAAUUUUGUAUGUAAAAUAUGGAAUGUAAUGAAAUUUGUUUAUAUAUAA